GUGUUCUUCAAGGUUGAUCCUUCCCAUGUAAGGAAGCAGACUGGUACUUAUGGAAAAGCCUUUGAAAAAUAUGAGAGAGAUGGCAAACACAGCAUGGCCAUGUUGCAGAAAUGGAAAGCUGCUCUCACAGAAGUUGCCAAUUUAGUUGGGUGGAACAUGCGGAAUUACAGGACGGAAUAUGAACUCAUUGAGGAAAUUGUCAAAGUUGUUAUGCAAAAACUGAAUCAUAUAUAUCCCACAGAAGUAAAAGAAAGACUGGUUGGAAUUGAUCAAAAUCUUGCUCCUAUUGAAUCGUUAUUGAAAAUCAGGUCAAAAGAAGUUCGCAUAAUUGGAAUUUGGGGCAUGGGAGGAUUAGGUAAGACAACCAUUGCCAAUGCUUUAUUUGCCAAAUUAUCAUCUCAAUAUGAAGGUAGUUGCUUCUUGACAAAUGUAAGGGAAGAAUUUGAUAAGCGAGGACUUGGUUAUUUACGUGAUAAACUUUUUUCUGAGGUACUAGAGGAUGUGAAUCUCCAUAUUAGCACCCCUAGAGUAAGAUCCACUUUUGUUAUGAGGAGGCUUAGACAAAAGAAGGUUUUGAUUGUGCUUGAUGAUGUGGACAAUCCGAAGAAGCUAGAAUAUCUUGCUGCACAACAUGAUUGCUUGGGAUCAGGUAGUAGAGUCAUUGUCACUACCAGAGACAAGCAUGUACUUAGCAAAGGGGUAGAUGAAAUAUAUGAGGUCAAGGGAUUGUCCCUUCAUCAUGCAGUUAACCUUUUUAGUUUAAAUGCCUUUGGGAAAACCUAUCCGAAAAUGGGCUUUGAAAUGCUAUCUAAACAGGUGGUUGAUCAUGCAAAUGGCAAUCCAUUGGCUUUAAAAGUUUUAGGUUCAGUUCUCCAUUCCAGAAAUGAGCAGCAAUGGAACAGUGCUCUGAGAAAACUCAUGAAGGUUCCUAAUGAGGAAAUUCAGAAUGUCUUAAGAUGGAGUUAUGAUGGAUUAGAUGAUGAACAAAAAAAUAUGUUCCUGGACAUUGCAUGCUUUUUCCAAGGAGAGGAUAAAGAAAAUGUUGUGAGGCUACUAGAUAUUUGUGGUUUCUAUGCAGAUAUUGGUAUAAGAAUCCUUCUAGACAAAGGUCUUAUAACUUUUUCUGACGACAAUGAAGUGUGUAUGCAUGACUUGAUACAAGAAAUGGGCUGGCAAAUUGUUCAUCAGGAAUCUAUCAAAGAUCCUGGAAGGCGUAGCCGAUUGUGGGAUCCAUACGAAAUUUAUGAAGUAUUGAAAAAUAACAAGGGAACUGAUGCAGUUGAAGGCAUAAUCUUAGAUGUGUCUCAAAUAAGGGUCUUGCCAUUGAGCUAUGAGACCUUCUCAAGGAUGAUCAACAUAAGAUUUCUCAAAUUCUAUAUGGGGAGGAGUAGGACAUGCAAUUUGCGCCUUCCUUCAGGUCUUGAAUCAUUGCCUAAUAAAUUAAUGUACCUACAGUGGGAUGGAUACCCUUCCAAGUCUUUGCCCUCAACUUUUUGUCCUGACAACCUUGUUGUGCUUUCCAUGAUGGAAAGCCAUGUUGAAAAACUUUGGGAUGGAACCAAGAGUCUUGCGAGCUUGAAAGAGAUCAACCUCUGUGCCUGCAAGAAAUUAACUAAUCUCCCAGAUUUAUCUCUAGCGCCAAAUCUUGAAACUAUAGAUGUUUCUCAUUGCACAAGUCUUCUUUGUGUUCCCUUAUCAAUCCAAUAUGUCAAGAAGCUUCUUUUGUUUAACUUGGAAUCCUGCAAGAGUCUUAAGAGUCUUCCAAGAAACAUUCACUUGUCUUCUCUUGAAAUGUUCAUUCUCAGACGUUGUUCAAGUCUCGAUGAGUUUUCAGUGACUUCAGUGAACAUGACACGCCUGGACUUAAGAGGAACAUCAAUAACUAGUUUCCCAGAAUCAGUUUGGCAGCAUCUGAACAAGCUUAUUUACUUGAAUCUGGAAUCCUGCACCAAGCUCAAGAGUCUUACAAGCAACAGACACUUAAAAUCUCUUCAAAGACUCAAUCUUAGAGAUUGUUCAACUCUUGAGGUGUUUUCUGUGACUUCGGAGAACAUGGAGUAUUUGAAUUUGAGAGGAACAUCAAUACAAGAAUUGCCGACAUCAGUUUGGAGAAAUAACAAGCUUUUUACUCUGGUUCUUCAUUCCUGUAAAAAACUUGUGAAUUUUCCUAACAGGCCAAAACCUGAGGAUUUGCCUCCAAUCUUCAGUGUAAUAUCUUCCUCUGAAAGGCCAAAUAUGGAUGAACCAUGGACUUUGUCAUCCUUAACAGAUUUAUCUCUAAAAGGAAGCAGUAUUGAGAAUUUACCUGCAAGCAUCAAAGAUCUUCCUAGUCUGAAAAAGCUUACCUUGACCGAGUGCAAGAAGCUUCGGUGUUUACCAAGCCUUCCACCAUCCUUGGAAGACUUAUCCUUAGAUGAAAGUGAUACUGAGAGUUUACCUGUAAAUAUCGAAGAUCUUUCUCAUUUGAAGAAACUUACUCUGAUUAACUACAAGAAGCUUUUGUCUCCACAGGAUCUUCUACCAUCUUUGAAAACUUCAUUACUAAAUGAAAAUAAAGUUAUUUCCCAUCUUGUGAGCAUGAAAGAUCUUUCUCGUCAACAAAACUUUCAUCUGGUUAAGUGGAAAAGGUUUCAUUCUCUGCCAGAGCUUCCACCAUUCUUGGAAGAAUUUUCACUAAGUGAAAGCAAUAUUGAGUGCAUGCCUGAAAGCAUAAAAAAUCUUUUUCAUCUGAGAAAACUAACCUUAACAAAGUGCACGAGGCUUCAGUGUUUACCAGAGCUUCCACCAUCUUUGGAAGAUUUGUGUGUAUAUAGAUGUAAUAUUGAAAGCUUGCCAAUAAGCAUAAAACAUCUUAUGCAUUUGAGAAAGAUCACCUUAAUUGAGUGCAAGAAGCUCCAGGCUGUACCAGAGCUCCCGGCAUGCCUGAAAUCGUUUUGUGCAGCUGACUGCAAAUCACUUGAGAUUGUCCAAAGUUCAAAGGCUGUCUUAAUAGAAGAUAGAUAUGUGUUCUAUUACAAUUGCAUAAACUUGGAUCAAAAUUCAUGCAACAACAUCAUCGCAGAUGCACCCUUUGGGGCAGCUUAUACUUCUUUGCAAGAAGGAACACCUCUUGGUCCUCUCAUUUCUGUUUGUUUGCCAGGAACUGAAAUCCCAGACUGGUUUAGCCACCGAUCAUCAAAUUCUUCACUGGACAUUGAAAUUCCUCAACAGUGCUUCAUUAAUUCAAAGUUCUUAGGUUUCGCUCUGUGCCUUGUAAUUGGUGGUUUCCAGCAAAACAGUUAUGAAGGCUAUGAUCCAGAUGUCAAUUGCUAUCACUUUGUGAAGUCAGCCCUUAGUUCUGACCCCAGUGUUCCCUUUCUUGGUCACUGCACAACUGUAAUGCAGGUGCCAAAAAGUUUUAAGUCAGAUCAUAUAUUUAUAUGCUACUAUCCUGCUUUUAAUGCCUCCAUACUGCAAGAUUUCAAGGAUUUAGGCUUGUACUAUGAUGCCAACAACUUAAGGCUUAGAGUCAUCUUUAAAUUUAAGGGUCCAUCUCAACGGUUGGACAUUGUAAAGAAGUGUGGGGUCAGACCUCUGUUGAUUGCUGAUACUGAAAGGCUUCACAUAGAAAGUGAACUACAACUUGAAGAGAAGGGAGUAUGAAAGUGAAACUGGAACAACCUGAAGCACAGGAAAAGGAUUUGUGUCUAGUGGUUGCUGAAUAAGAAGUACAAUCUUGAAACAAUAGGUACUUCACUCUAAAAUCUGCAUGCAACCUUAUUAUUCAUG